AAUGCCUAUGAGAAUGAACGAAACCAAAUUUCAUAAAGCUUCCAAAUGCACACUCCCCCAAAGACCAGAGACGCGACCUUCAACGAAAUGAAGGAAACAGAUGAUUUUACCGUUUGGCAAAACCUUCGCGCCGUCGAUACAAUUUAUGAAGAAGAUUAUUAUGAGUUUUCCUCCUCCUCCUCUUCCCUCUCUCCACCUCUCUCUCCGCCGCCUCCACCACCUCCCAACCAUCUCUAUUCCAGAGUUCGUCAAUGGUGUAAUGUAACUGGAAUUAAGACAGAUGUUUGUAUUCGAGUUAAUGGGCAAUGUUUUCAUCUCCACAAGGAUCCUCUGGCAUCCAAAUCAUCAUAUUUAAAGCGACAAUUGGCCACAGCAUCCGACGUUACCCUCACUCCACCGCUCAAAUUAACCUCCAAAAUAUUCACUCUAGUCGCCGAUUUUUGCUACGGUGCUCCCAUCUUAAUAACGCCCUUCAACGUCGCCGCACUUAGAACGGCGGCGGAGUUGCUCGAAAUGUCCGACACGGAAAAUAAUACCAACGACGAAAACUUGGUGGACGUCACCGAAAAAUACUUCCGCCGAGUGGUGGCCGUGAACCGGGAUUAUGCAUCGGUGGUGUUCCGGUCGUGUUUGGAGCUGCUGCCGGAGGCUGAAACCAUGGCGUAUUUGGGUAGUAGAUGUCUUGAAGCCUGGAGUUUGGAGGAUGAGGGAGAUAAUGGAGACAUUACCUGCUUUGAAGAUUUCAAAUGCGUGGAUGUGGAGAAUUUUAUGGUCUUGGCUUCGUCGCUGAACCGCCGGUUUAAAUGCCAUGAUUUAAUCUACAAUAUCGCUCUUCUUUAUCUCAAGGGACGUGGAGGAAAGAUCACAGAAGACCAAAAGGUAUUAAUAUGCAAUUUCAUAGACUGCGACAAGCUCUCCCCCAACUUACUCCUACACGCAGUUCAAAACCCACUGAUGCCCCUCAGAUUCGUGGUCCGCGCCAUGCUAAUCGAACAGCUCAAUACUCGUCACUCCAUUUUCUCCACCACUACGGUCGCCGCCGCAGCCACCAAACCUCUACCGCCGCGUCCUGUUCCCAAGGACCCCCUCACUCUCGGCGCAAUUCUCAAGCGCGACGCCGCCGCUCGCGAGUCGGCCAAGUUAAAGGCGGCCAUGCACGCCACAAAUUCUCGCAUACGAACCCUCGAAUCCCAACUCUCCUCCAUGAAGAAGAAGCUCCAAGAUUCUGAGAAACAGAGGAGUUUGUCCCAGGACGCUGGCCGUGGUCGUUCCGCUAGCUUUCAUUAUGGUGACGAGAAGAGUAGCUGUGAUAAUAAUAAUAGCAAGGUUGUGGCUAGAGGCCAACGUGGGUCCACUUCCUUUUCUGUUUCUCGAAUGAGUGCUGAUUUUAAAACAGAUUACUUUAAGUUUGGUGGUGGGUGCAAGCCAUCCUCGGAUCGUGGGUCGUCGUCGAAUCAUGAAGGGGCUAGGAAAUCUGGGAGAAGUAGUAGUUUUGGACAGAGAUUGAUGAAUGGGAUUAAGAAUGUGUUUCGGGUGUCGAGUUUAGGAGAAACAGAGAGUAAAGUUCAGAACAGAGGUGAUGAAGAGGAAGGGGAAGAUUUGUUUGAAGAGGAGGGAGAUGAUGAUGGGGAUGAUGAUAUUGUUGUAAUGAGAAGAAAUCAGCUUUAUGUUAAUUAGUUGUUGGUUUAUUUAGUUAAGAGCUUUUAGUUUUUUAGUGUACGUUUUCGAAUUUAUUCUUCCUGUUGGUUAAGGCAACUUGUACAUGUACAUGUAGAUGUAGGAUUGAACUUGGUAAGUAUAGGUUCAAGGGUGAAGCUUCCUAAAAAUAUGAAAUAAUAUUACAACUAA